AUGGCCGCGAUGGUCUGGUAUUUUGCUCUGAAGAACUCUUUUGCCCAGUUUCGUGACCGCGGAAAGUUGAUCGCCCGUGAGCACCGAAAGCAGCUCUGCUCAAACUGCCUCGAUGCGGACCUCGACGUCGGAGGCACUCCUAGGGUUAUUCCAGGUGAACGUGACGAGGAAGCCAGGCAUGCUUGCAGGUCGGCAAAAUCCUUGACUACGGUGGACGUAGAUGAUAGGCUGGACAUCAAGGCCGCGCUAGGGCCUCUUCAAAAAGCAAAGAGGACGCUUCCAAGUUGCCCUACUCUCCCGCUUUAG